AUUAAUAAAAAUUAGUUGAUAAAACAUAUCUAAUUUGUACUCACUUUUAUACUUUGUUCUUAGAUAUCACUGACUUUUCUGACUUACUGUCUGGUAGUAGUCCUAGUAUGGGAAGUACUCGAACGGAUAGUAGUAGCAACCGUAUGGAGUCGGAUGAAUCAAAAUAUGGCUAUUUUGGAAAUAAAAUUCAAGAUCCUUUGCGUCAGUUGGUACAAGAUGUAUUGAAAAAUAAUAAUUUAUCUCCUGAAUAUGAUAUAGAUAUGAUGCAACGACUCAAUUCGAUCUCUUAUCUUAUGUUACAAAAGCAAGAUGAUUUUGCAUUACCAGUAACUGAACCGAAUGAAAUCAGUGCAUUACAGCAUUGGCUUGAACAACUCUCAGCAAAUAUUCAAACUAACAGUUGUAUUUACCCUGACGCUACUAUUUCACCACCAUUUUCACAGGAUCAGCAAAUCAAUUCUCCCAUAGAUUAUUCAAGUUUGGCUACUUUGAUGUCUACUACUUCUGAAUCUAAUUUAAACAAUAACAAAAAUGACAAUCAUGAUCAACCUUUGUAUCCAAGCUACGAACUUUUUAAUCCUGCUAUCCCAUCCUCCAUAUUGUCGUGGUCUAACCAAUGUUUAACACCGUCAAUGUCGUCAAAACAACUAUAUCAAAAUUCAGCACUCGAUAAUACUCAAAGCAGCAAUGACCAGUCAUUAUUUCCGUCUUCCUCCUCUUCUUCGCCCUCUUCCUCAUUCUCUGGCGCUUCUCCACCAGUUUAUGAUGAUCAAAUGAAAUUGAACACCAACAGCAUUGUACCUUCGUUUUGGAAACCUGGCGCUACUCCUGUAACCAAUCCAGCUGUUCAAUUACCAUCCAUCGACGGCCCAGCACCUUGUGAAGAAAUUGACUUUACACUUUGUUAUCCACAACUUCCACCACAGCCAAACAACAAGUUCGAAACAAGUAGGACGGAUGUAACUCCACUUUCUGUAACACACAACAACGGCACUCAUGAAAUUAAAAAGGAAAUGCUUCAUAUGAUGAAUGUAUUCAGCUCACCGUAUAACGAUCACCAUCAUCAGAAGACGUCAUCAGAUACUGUGACAGAAGACGAGAACAAUCAAGAUGACAAUAACGAUAAUGACGAUACGCAAGAUAGCGAAGCCAAAAACUCACAUACGGAUAGUGCAGUCAAAUCAACAACAACAACAACAUCCUUACCAUCAAAGGCUAGUGCGACAUCUCUCUUAUUGUUAUCAAGCAGUGAAGAAAACGACAAUGAGGAUAAUCCUGAUGAUGAUGAUACUUAUUCUUCUCCUUAUGCAGACCUGGCAGAUCUUUUACAAGACAUCUCAUUGAAAAACGAAGACGACGAGUCCAAACUACGUGAACGCCAUGCUCAUCUAGUGGACCUUCUCUGGCGGGCAACCAUCCAUUCUCGAUCAUUCGCUCUGGAAAGUGAACAAGUAAGUGAUCAAGAAAAAGAAGAAUCGAACAAGGAAACCAGCACACAAUCAGUACCCUCCUCGCUAUCAUCAUCAUCAUCAUCAUCUUCAUCAUCAUCUUCAUCAUCAUCAUCAUUAUCAUCAUCAUCACCGGCAUCACCGGCAUCACCGUCAUUAUCACCAGCAUCAUCGUCACCAUCGCCAGUAUCAUCGUCAUCAUCACCAACAUCGCCAUCGCCGCCAUCUUCUCCAACAUCAACAUCAUCAAAAAUAUAUCCAUCUCCCACUUCAAUAGCUCCUUCCUUGGCAGUCAAUGGUCGACCAUGGUCACUAUCCACAUAGUUUAGAACGACACAAUUAUAUUACCCAAUAAAAUCAUCCCUUUUUUUGAACAAUUGUAUCGUAAGUUU